AUGGCCGCGCGGGCGGCGAGGAUCCGAGGCCGGCGGCCGGCCGCGCUCCUCUGGCCGCUGCCGCUGCUGCUUCUGCCCCCGAGCCUGGGGGCCGCGCCCGCCCCGGCGGCCCGGGGCCCCAGCCCCUCCCGGACGCCACGCGGGGCCGGAGGGAGCCCGGCGGCGCAGGAGGGCCGGCAGCAGGCAGCCGGCGGGCCCCUGGGCUCUGCGGGCCGAGCGCACGGUCCACCGGCAGCGGCGGGUGUGUGGCCCCGCCGGGCGCGGGGGCUCCGAGGGGCGGGGGCCCGUACGGGCCGGGGGCCCGGAGUCCGGCCGAACCGGGGGGGGGGCAUGGAGGGCGGGCCAGCAGAAGGGGCGGCUGGGGAGGCUGCGGGCCGAGCUCGGGCCCAGUGUCCUGUGCUCCAGAGUCACCGGCGUCUUUUCUCUACCCUGCGCUUCCACUCAGGUAGCCCCAGAGACGACAUCAGCAGAGUGUGCGGGAAGCCCAGGGCGAUGGGGAAGAUCUAUGGUGGCCAGGACGCCGAGGCUGGCCAGUGGCCGUGGCAGGCCAGCCUGCUGUACAAGGGCUCGCACCUCUGCGGAGCUGCCCUCAUCGACUCCCACUGGCUGGUUUCGGCUGCCCACUGCUUUUUCAAAAAAUCCCGGGCCCUGGAGAACUAUCAGGUUCUGUUGGGAUACACUCAACUGUAUCAGCAAACCCAGCACACCCAGAAGAUGUCUGUGAACCAGAUUAUCACCCACCCAGACUUUGAGAAGUUGCACCCCUUUGGGAGUGACAUUGCCAUGUUACAGCUGGACCUGCCUGUGGACUUCACUUUCUACAUUGCCCCAGUCUGCCUCCCAUCCGCAGACAUGCGGCUGCCCAGUAACGCAUCCUGUUGGAUAACUGGCUGGGGAAUGCUCACCGAGGACAUGCGCCUAUUACCGCCCUUCAAUCUCCAGGAGGGGAAAGUGAUCCUCAUUGAGAACAUGUUCUGCAAUUUCUUGUAUGGUCAAAUUACUAGCACAGGCAAUACUUACUAUGUGCAUGAGGAUAUGGUGUGUGCGGGAGACUUCUCGACAGGAAAGUCCAUCUGCCAGGGCGAUUCCGGGGGGCCUCUGGUCUGCUACGUCCCCAGUGCCUGGGUCCUGGUGGGGCUGGGCAGCUGGGGCCUGGACUGCCGGCAUCCCGUCUACCCCGGCAUCUUCACCAGGGUCACCUACUUCGCUGACUGGAUCAACGAAAUCAAGAGACUCACUCCUCUUCCUGCCCCUGCGUCUGCUCCUCCUCUCACUGGCUCUCAGCCCCAGCGCCUGCGGGCUGCCGGCUCUCCCGGGCCCUGCACAGCCCUUGUGCCUCCACAGACCUGGCUCCUGCUGCCCUUUACCCUCAGGGCCCGGGGGUGACCUGGGAGGCCCUCCACUCCUCUCUGCCCAGGCUCCAGUCUUCAGGCUGGACCCUCCUCCCUCCAGCCCACCAUCUCUGCACGGUUCCUCCCCAGCUUCUCUGUCCAUCAGCUGCCACUCCCUAAACCAAGCCUGGCGAAACCCAACCAAACCAAAUAAAAGACCCCUGUGCUCCACCUCCG